AUGACGGAGCGCAAGGAUCUCGAAGAUCUCAAUGAUGCCAAUGUCGCGUCCAGCAGCGAGGGAGCGGUCACUAGCACCUCUACAAAGACAACAAACCUCGCCGCGAUCUUCUCCGAGAGCCACUAUCCAGCUACGAUGAUGCGUGUCACAGGAACUUCGUCUACGUCCUCUGCUUUUACAAGAAGCAAUCGCGACAUCAAAAGGAAACGUGUUGAUGAGUACGUUAACAUGAUGAUGAUGGAUUACAGCAUUGGAUCUUCCUCUGGCAGCAACGAAAAGUGUUCCUUUGAAGAGGGUUAUACCAGUAUUGAGGAGGAGGAGGAUGCGAAUAGCACCACUGAUACAGAAUCGACAAGUAGGGCUACGGUAGCUUCUUCCGCAAGAGAUACUCCUGUUGAUGUGGAGAUCGGAAUUACCUUCCAAUACUUCAAGACGCUCCCCAUUACGGUUCGCCAAAAGAUUCUGCGGAAUGCAAUGCGGCUGUUCCCGCGGAUUAUAGAAUUCAGGAAGCCUGGUAUCAGAAUGAAGGAUGCCAACGGUUUCCCGCGCGAAAAGUGGAUUGUCUCGGCCAGCUCUAUCCCAACCCUGCUCUCUGUCAACAAGGAAGCCAGAGCUACCCUCCUGCCUUUCUACAACACGUUUAUCUUCGACUUCCUGGUAGAAGAUAACGAGCAACGACUUGCAAAGAACCUUCUCAUGAACUUCGAGCACGAUACCCUAUUUAUUAGGGCCCGAGAGCUUUGCACCAGAUACUACGAUUCGGAGCCUCUUUGGGACUCAUUCAAAGAUAUCUUUGGUCUCUCAUUCCAGUCUAUUCUCAAUGACAACCUUAAAUCCCUAGCUGUCAACACGAAGAUGCAACACAUCAUGAAGUACGAACUUGAGCAAGGUGUUGAGGGUCUUGAGAAGUUCCUGGUCGUGUCUGAUUCCUUUCCACGCGCUUGGUACAACACGCAAGGAAGAGUGGUGGAGUUCAAGCCUCGUCAGAAUACUGAGCUGCGCCGCGUACCAUUUGAUACGAAGAUGAUACAGUGGGAGGAUGUUGAGUGGGUUGGCGACUUUGAGCAAGUGUCGUGUGUUUGGAGCAAGGGAGACGGUGCGCUGGAUGAUGAUGAGUACAACUACUGA